UACCGCAAUUUGCUGAUGCUAUACAGAAUAUUUGCUUCUCUUGCUUUAUCAAGUACCUCUGCAGAAAGAGCUUUAAGUAAGCUGAAAAUUAUAAAGAACCGCCUAAGGUCUACCAUGACAGAUGAUUAUUUAUCAGCAUUAAUGAUAAUAGCAGCAGAGAAAGAUAUUCUUCAAACAUUCACUGAUGAUCAAAUAAUAACGAAAAUUGCA